AUGUGCCGUGCAGGCACGCAUCCACAUCUUCUGUCAAAGAAUAGAGCGAAGAAUCACAAGGGAACGACACCAUCGAAUUUUGCCGCCUGCGUGUUCCUGUCCCGCCGCCGCCGUUACGCCCGUCCUCUCAUAAACCUCUUCUGGUGUAAGCGUGGCCGCUACGCGAUCCAGCCCGCGCCCGUCCGCAUCCACCCAAGUCCUCAACGGGCCGUCGAUACCCCGGCCGCGCACUUUUCGUCCCCGUACCCAUUGUUGUCCGUCCCGCUGCCGAACAUACAAAUACCCGUAUCCCUCGCACCGCCGCAAUGCCGUGCCACACCUGCACCGCCGCCUCGCGCGCCGAGUCGAAGAAGGAGGAAAGCCGGGAACAAGACUGGCAAACAUCUACGCCAGUUGACCAAUGCAAGUGGAAGACGGAGAAACUUGAGGACGGGACGCGUAGGAGAUGCAAAACGGCCGACUGCUACGAUCCAGAGUGUUACUCUAGCGUCGUAUGGGCCUCGACACGUCGGUGACUCUACCCCGCCAUCAUUGGCUGUGAAGUGGAGAGGGGGCGGCUUCGAACGCGAACCACCACGGCACGCAAAUCUCAGCGCCGUUAUCCCCGUCCCGCCCGCCGAACUUCUCCGCCUCUUGCUCCACCCUUUGUCCAACCACGGAUCUUCGCCCAGAUCCAAAGUCACAAUCAAGAUUGUACUACCACCGCUGCCCAUAUCGCUUUGUGCCUCAGCGGAUCCUCCGCUUCUGUAUCGCAUAUCUAUAUCAGCUAUCGUCCAUCUGUUGCUACCUUGGGCGUCUAUGCUCCUGCCGCCUCACACCGUCUGCCACUCGUGUGCUUUACGGCCAGGUUUGUAA